AUGAAGCUGUCCCGCCACCUCACCUUUACGCAGAACCUCAUCUCAGGCGCCGUGCUCUUCUUCACCGUCGGCGUCUAUCUCGCCGUGCUCGGGCUGGGCGCGGGCGGCGGCAAGCCCUCGUCGCAGCGCGUCAGCGACGUGUCCAACAGCUGCCUGUACGGCCUGUACGCCGUCUUUGGCUUCUUUGCCGGCGCGCUGCUGAACCGGCUGGGCCCGCGGCGGACCAUGACGCUCGGCGUCGCCGGGUACCCGGUCUACGUGGCCGGGCUGUUCUACUACGACCGCACCGGCCGCGCGUGGUUCCCCGUGCUCGCCGGCGCGCUGCUCGGGCUCGCCGCGCCGAUGCUGUGGUGCGCGUCGGGCUUUGUCCAGUGGGCGUACGCGACGGAGCGCGAAAAGGGCACGUACAUUGCCGUGCAGUACUUUGUGAACCAGCUGGGCAGCGUGGUGGGAUCCGUCGUCGCGUUUGGGAUUAUAUAUCGGGAUGCCGCGGCGACGGCGGGUGGCAGCCCGACGAGCGUGUACAUUGUCAUGAUUGUGCUCAUCUGUCUCGCGUUUCCGCUGACCAUCUUUGGGCUGGUGAGCCCGGAGAAAGUCCGCCGGACGGAUGGCACGCCCAUUGCCGUGUUUCGGAACCGCUCGCUCGCACAGGAGCUCCAGGGCGUCGCGCGGGUGCUGCGGGACUGCCGUGUUCUGGCUAUGCUGCCCGUCAUCUUUAGCUGCGAGCUGGUCCUCGGCAUCCUGCCGUCUGUGAGCGGUCGCUACUUUAACCUGCGGAUCCGGGCGAUGAACAACAUUGUCUUCUACCUCGUCCAGCUUCCUGCCUCUGUGGCGUGCGCCUACUUGACAGACCGCCUGCCCUUUCGCCGAAGUGUGCGGGGGUACAUAUCAAUCAGCGUGCUCGGCGUCCUUGUAUGCAGUGGCUGGACUGCCCUGCUCAUCUGGGUCUCCGUGUCAACUGUCUGGGCGUCACCGCCGGAGGGGGGCGUCGACUGGGCGUCUGGCGAAUUUCGGGGACCGUUUGUGCUGUAUCUUGUUUUUGGCAUCUUGUACGGAUCCCAUCAGCAGAUUGGCAUGUGGGUAAUGGGGACCUUUACCAACGAGCCGACUGUCUUGGCCAUUUACGGUGGACUCUGGAAGGGCGUUGCUGCAGGCGGCGUCGCGGUCCAAUUUGGAAUGGCGGCGGCUAAAGUAUCCUACCAGUACGUGUCAACUUGA